GCUAUACAUAAAUUAUUCUGUUCAAAUCAUCGCUGAUUAUCACAAUUUUUGGCCAGGCUAUACUUUUCUAAUCCAAUGCUGAACAACCUCUCUAAUAUGGUUCACUGUUUGUGCUGAUGGUAACUGGUACGAUCCUUCGAACCAUAGAUAGUGACAAAUCAAAAUUCAGUCGGAAAGUCCCACAUCUAUAAAUGGGAUUUCAAAAUUCAUCAAAUUUAGGCACUACUCCAUUACCAUCUAUAAACUUCAAUACCAUUUCAUUUAUUUGGUAUGAUUACCUACUAUUCACCCUUGUCCUGGGAUUUAGCUCUCUUAUCGGUAUAUUUUUUGGAUGUUUCCGUAAGCAAGACACCAAAAAAGAAUAUCUUCUGGGUGGAAAACGUAUGACUGUAUGGCCUAUCGCUAUCUCUUUGAUUGCAAGCCACACUUCAGCAAUCACAUUACUGGCAGUACCAGCUGAUGUAUAUAGAUACGGCCUUGGAUUUUGGCAAGGAUGCAUAUCCAUAUUUCUUCUGCAUUUCACCACUUCCUAUAUCUUCCUUCCAGUUUUCUACAAACUGGAGUUGACAAGUGUCUAUGAAUACUUGGCGAUGAGAUUCGAUGAAAGAACUAGAAUGAUGGCUUCAGCAUUAUACGCGAUCUCACUCUUGCUUUAUUUGCCUAUAGUAAUAUAUAUUCCUUCCCUCGGAUUUGCCACAGCAACUGGCAUAGGAGUACACGUUGUUGCACCAAUAGCUUGUGGAAUAUGCAUAUUUUAUACAACAAUUGGAGGUCUAAAAGCUGUUGUUUGGACAGACACCUUCCAGUUUACACUCACCGUCGGAUGUUUGGUUGCAGUUCUGAUGUUAGCAUUAAAAAAAGCUGGUGGUUUCUUCACCAUGUGGAACACUGCCCUUGAAGGUCACAGACUUGAUGUUAGUUUUGACCCAGAUCCUACGGAAAGAGAUGGGUUCUGGGCUGUUGUUAUUGGCUUAACCUUUUUGUUCACUGCUCAAAACAGUGUACACCAAGGAUGCGUACAGAAGUUACUCUCCUUACCAAGUAUGGGAGACGCCAAAAAAUCCUGCUUUAUAUAUACGCAAGGAUGUAUCAUAGCAAAGACUUUGAGCAUAUUUAUUGGAUUAACAAUGUAUUCCGUAUUUGCUGGAUGCGAUCCAUUCACGACCAAAAAGGUAGGAAGAAAUGACGAGUUGAUUUCAUUCUUCAUCGUGGAUGUAGGGAGCAGUGUUCCUGGAUUAUCUGGCCUCUUCUUCGCAGGUGUUUUCUGUGCAGCUCUCAGCACCCUAUCGGCCAAUCUUAAUUGUGUGGCUGGAACAUUGUACACUGACUUCGUAUCGAAAAUGAUGGAUCCAGGAAUAUCAGAAAAAACCACGAGUAAUAUACUGAAACUACUGGUUAUUAUUGCUGGAGUAUGUGGUUGUUUAAUGAUUUACGUCAUUGAACAUCUCGGUGGAAUAGUACAACUAAGUAUCAGCUUGAAAGGAAUCACUAUUGGGCCUCUUCUGGGAGUUUUUAGCAUGGGUGUUUUGACCAGAAGAGUCAAUUCAAAGGGGGCGUUUUACGGAGCUCUUCUUAGUAUGAUUUUCAUGCUAUGGUUCUUCACUACCGUAAAAUACUAUGAGAAAAUGGGACAUCUUAAAUAUGAACCUAAACCGCUAUCCACAGCCAAUUGUGAUUAUGUCUUCAGUUUCAAUGAGACAAGUACCAUAAAACCUCCGCCGUCUAAUGUCAACAUAUUUUUCCUCUUCAAGUUGAGUUUUUACUAUUACACUAUGAUUGGUACACUGGUAUGUUGCUUGAUUGGUUCGUGCAUAAGCUUUUUCACAAAUACAAAAAACGAUCCAGUAGUACCCAAGAAAUUAUUAUGCCCCUUGGUCCAUUGGAUGUAUGAUGAUGAAGAAGAAGUUGAAGUAGAGAACAGAAGUAAUGGAGAUUAUUUGAAUAUUGAAAUGGCACUAGAACUAACCACAUUUCACGAGGAAGGAACAAAAAGACGCAUGACCCUUGGUCCACUGGAUGUAUGAUGAUGAAGAAGAAGUUGAAGAAGAGAACAGAAGUAAUGGAGAUUAUUUAAAUAUUGAAAUGGCACUAGAACUAACCACAAUUCACGAGGAAGGAACAAAAAGACGCAUGAUGUGAAAAAACCUUGUUCAAUAUAAGUUUUAAUGGAUUCCAUAACGUUAGAAAAUUCAAUAAAAUCUUUCUUUAUAAA